GUGCUCAGAUGGAUUUGCUCCUUUUGGCAGGUUUGGCAAGAACUAUUCAUGUUGGCGGGUCAUGUUAACUCCUUACAAUCUCCCUCCCGACAUGUGCAUGAAAAGUCAUUUCAUAUUUUUGUCUUUAAUUUGUCCGGGUUCCAAGGAUCCUGGGCGAAAGAUAGACAUUUAUCUCCAACCCCUUAUCGAGGAGAUGAAAGAACUGUGGGCCGUUGGGACACCAACUUAUGAUGUUUCAUCAGAUAAAAUGUUUAUCAUGAAAGUUGCCAUCAUUUGGACCAUUAGCGACUUCCCUGCCUAUGGCAUGCUUUCGGGAUGGAGCACACACGGUUUGAUGGGAUGUCCGAUAUGCAUGGAGAAAUC